AUGGGACGAGAGAACCUCUCCGGCCAUAGAUGGUCCGGGGCUGGGUCUUUCAAGUUGAUAGGUAAGAGCAGCAAUAAGGAAAAGAAGAAGAAGGGAAAGGAGGUGCCCGAUGAGACCAUUGGCGCCGCGGAGACACUGGUCGACGUGGAGCCAAGGAACACGGACACCCAAAAUACAGCCGGACCUGAGGCUGGAGAGAAACAACCGGAUAAUGAUAAGCCGGAGAGUAGCGGUGCUAUGGACGUGAAUGGGCAACCAAAUUCCGUACCAUCAUCCCAAGAACAGUGGGAAACGAUGAAGGCCAUGAUGGUACAGUUGGACGUGCUCACAAAGGCAUUGGUACCGGAUCCUGUGGUACCAACGAUACGUAGCAAGAUUGUUACAGGGACCAUCGGAGUGAGUCCGGAAGAUUCUCCGAGAAAUAGAAGGGACUACUUGGAUGCAUUGGAGCAUGUCUCGAGACUGAGGACAAAACAUUUUCCGGGAAGUACGUAUCCGAUUGUGGCUGACGAGUGGAGGAGUCGACUUGUAAGAAAUUUCAACUCCACUCGCUACCCGAAGGAGUAUCAAAAGGACAUUGCUGUCCAUUUCCUUGAAGAGAAAGCACAUGAUUGGUGGGUGUCGGUUGAGAAACGUGAAGGCGGUAAAGUGCUAACUUAUGCGGACUUUGAGAAGGAGUUCAACAAAAAAUUCUUUCCCCCGGAAGCUUGGGACCGACUGGAAAGUGCGUACCUGAACCUGAUACAAGGGGAUAUGACGGUACGUGCAUAUGAUGCUGAAUUCAGCCGCCUUAGGCGUUUUGUUGGAAAGGAAAUCGCAGAUGAUAAAGCACAAGUCCGUCCCUUUAUCCGCGGGUUAAGGGUGGACAUCCACAACCAUUGCGUGAACGGUAUCUUUAACUCGAUCGUUGAGGUGGUGGAAAGGGCGGCCAUGAUUGAAGCUAAGAUAGAGGAAGAUAAAAAGCUUAGACGCGAGACGAUUUCUUCGCGGUCCAAAGCUAAGUAUGGGGAGUGCAAAACUUGCGGAAAGUACCACAGCGGUUAUUGCUGGAAGGCCGUGGGUGCAUGCGGUCGCUGUGGAAGCAAGGAUCAUGUGAUCCGGAACUGUCCGAGGAUGGAAAAUGGCAAUGGGCCAAGGUCUUGCUACCUGUGCGGAAAAGAAGGACAUUUUAGGAGGGAAUGUCCGAAGCUUGAUGAGGGAAGACAGAACCACCAACGUGGGAACCGUGGCGAGGAAUCUUUACCGCCACCACUAAAGAGACAGGUUGUUGCACCAUGA